UACAGCUAGAGAGAAUCCACUUGCUAUUCCCAUUGCAGACAGUUUUGGUUGCUGGUGUCACUGACUUCAAGUGAAUCCGAGGCAAAGAGCUGCUGUAUGAUGCUGUUUCUAGCAUCCCUGCUUGGGGAGCUGUGCUGAGGCCUGCUGGGAGGACCCAGGGAAGUGCAUUGAGAACAUCUCCUGCUAUCUUUGUUUGUGUAGAUCGAUACAGACCAUGUUCCUCCUGCCGCUGAUGCUGAGCCUGGGCUUGCAGCUUCAUCAGAUAGCGGCUUUAUUCACGGUGACGGUCCCCAAGGAAGUGUACACGGUAGAGUUUGGCAGCAACGCGAGCCUGGAGUGUGAUUUCGACCACCGGGAAUGCACGGAACUUGAAGUCAGUUUGCAGAAGGUAGAAAACGAUACCUCUUCGCCGAGUGAGAGAGCCACCCUCCUGGAGGAGGUGCUGCCCCUGGGGAAGGCCUUGUUCCACAUCCCCAGUGUCCGAGUGAGGGAUGCAGGACAGUACCGCUGUCUGGUCAUCUGCGGGGCCGCCUGGGACUACAAGUACCUGACAGUGAAAGUCAAAGCUUCUUACAAGAAGAUAGACACUCGGAUCCUAGAGGUCCCAGGGACAGACGAGGUGCAGCUCACCUGCCAGGCUAGAGGUUACCCCCUGGCUGAAGUGUCCUGGCAAAAUGUCAGUGUUCCUGCCAACACCAGCCACAUUAGGACCCCUGAAGGCCUCUACCAGGUCACCAGUGUUCUGCACUUAAAGUCACAGCCUGGCAGAAACUUCAGCUGCAUGUUCUGGAACGCUCCCAUGCAGGAGCUCACUUCAGCCAUCCUUGGUCCUCUGGGUUGGACUGAGCCCGAGGUCCCCAGCACGUCAGCACUGAGUGUUUUCAUCCCGUCUUGCAUCGUGGCUUUAGUCUUCAUAGCGGCGGCGAUAGCCCUGAGACAGAAGCUCUGUGGGAAGCUGCAUUCUAGACAUCGAUCUGGACCUGUGGCCUUGGAUGUUGGGAUCAUCUGAUUGGGACAUCUUUUAGAAGCUCUGAAUAUUGAGUGAAGGUCCCUUGGCCUGAAGAAUCUGCCCUUUGCACUUUUCAAAGGCUGUGGAUGAUGACCCAGAAUUUCCAUCAGGAGUGUGCAAGACUGACAGCCUCCCUGCUCUCAAGACUCUAUCCGGACAAGCACAGCCGCACUUUAGAAAGCCAGCCCUGGGAUCCUGGCCUGAGGCCCCGCUUGUUUUCCCCUGGCUUUCCACGGGGAGACGUGGAAAUUUCCAGCUACUAAAACAGAUUGCCAUAGAGUUAUUUCUAGCCAUCAUUUUCUCUGGGGGCUGGAAGCUCCAGACGGUUUUGUGUAAACAAAGUCAUAACUGAUGUGUUUCACAGCUUCCUAGAAUCCUGGCAGCCCCUAGAGCGCUAAUCAAGAGGAAGCAGUUAAGCACACAUUAAAUGCACAACCGCAGGAAAAGGCAUUUGUUUCAAGGCUUUCCUUUUUAAAGGUCUCAGCCACGAGGCAUUUGUUUUAACCUGUAAUGUCACUAUGUUUACUGGUGUUUUCUCGUUCAACUACAUCUCUCCUUAAAACAAAACAUUGUAGGGUUUUGUUGUUGUUUUUCAGUGGUAUCACCUUAAGGGAAGAUGACAUGCUGGUGUGUUGUGCCUUCAGGGACUUCAGAUGAGUAGCUACAGUGCCCUGUCUCCCAUGCUUAGCCAACUUCUCUACCUUUUAGGUUUUACAGUAAACCUUCUCAUAGCUCCGUGUCUACACCUGGAAUACAGUGAUGUCAACAGUGAGGGCAAUUUGAUGAUGGGCAUUAUGGAAGAUCUUUCAGGUCUCAUUGUGCUCAGAUUACCUAAAGGUGCUAAGUCUGGUCUGUAUGCUGCUCCAUGAAGCUCAGUAGAUUUACUGACCUGCAAACUGCCCAGAUGUUCACAUUAGCUCCUGUGACCUGAGAACUACCCAGAUGUGCACAUCAUUAGCUCCUGUGACCUGAGACCUACCCAGAUGUGCACAUCAUUAGCUCCCAUGACCUGAGACCUACCCAGAUGUGCACAUUAGCUCCUGUGACCUAAGAACUACUCAGAUGUGUACAUUAGCUCCUGUGACAGCUGUAUGUUGGAGGGCCCGAAGCAAGCUCUUUACCUGGCGUUUAGACUGAGCAGAAUUUGGAGUUAAUGGGAUGGAAGAGUGUAAAGGACAUAUUUAAAUUAUGCAUGUGUAGCAGGCUUUCUCGGACCACCCCCCCCCCCCCGAAUCAUGACAUGGAGACUUAUACUAGUUAUGUAUGCUCAACUUUAGUUUAGUCUUGUUUCUGGCUAACUUUUCAAACUUAAAGUAACUAGUCUCUCUUUAUCUAUGUUCUGCCUCAGGGCUUUUUACCUUUCUUUCAUUCUGCAAAACCUACUUUCCUGCUUCCUCCAUGUCUAGCUGGCUAGCUGGUGACUGCCUGGCCCCUGGAGUCUCAUUCUCCUUUCUCCUCCAUUUUCUCCUUCUCUCUCAAGCCUAGAUUCCUCCUCCUACUUAUUCUCUCUGUUUUCCAGCCCCGCCUAUCUCUCUACUGCCUAGCUAUUUGCUGUUCAACUUUUUAUUAGAUCCAUCAGAUGCCUUAGGCAGGCAAAUGAAACAGCAACACAUCUUUGCAUAAUUAAACAAAUGCAACAUAAAGAAAUGUAACACAUCUUUACACAGUUAAAGUAACAUUCCACAGUGUGCGUUGUUGAAAUAGGAGCGGCGGGGCUGCGUCCCCAGCACCCCGGCCGCCUGGCUAGCUUAUGCCCAAAAUAACAACACACAAACUGUAUUCAUUUAAACACUGCUUGACCCAUUUCUAUCUAGCCUCUUCUAGGCUAAUUCUCACAUAUUAAUUUAGCCCAUUUCUAAUCAUCUGUGUAAGCACCCCAAGGUGCGCUUACCGGGAAGAUUCUAGCCUACGUCCAUCCUGGGUCGGAGGAGCUUCAUUGCAAGCAUCUGCCCGGGAGAGUGGAGCAUGCCUCUCUGUCUGAGGCGUCUGGCUCUGAGAGGAGCUGCAUUACUUCUGACCUCACUUCCUCUUCCUCCCAGCAUUCUCUUCUGUUUACUCCACCCACCUAUGUUCUAACCAAUAAAAUGGGCCAAGCCAGUUUCUUUAUUAGCCAAUGACCUUCCUCCAUCAGUGCAUCUUAUUUUAUCAUUGUCUGCCUGCACGAAACAGAAUGCUUUUGCAGCACAAACAUGUAACUCUUUAUUGGAAACCUCUGAGGUGUAUUUAGACGCCUUUGCAGCCAGGUAGGUCUCUCACGGCUUCUAUGCCAUGGCCCAAGAUUCCUAUUGGGGAAGCAGACCCUCCCAAUACCAGAGAUCAGGGCAGAUGGGAAAGUCUUUCUGGUUAUACAGAACGACUUAUGCUGGACUCCACCUCUCAGAUGCAUGACUGGCAGGCCGAAUCCUGACUGCCAAUCAGUGUUGAGUGGUUCGUUUGCUUUAUUAGGAAUCAGUGGUGUAAUGGAUUCUGACAAAAUACUGUCAUUUUUGGCCCUUACUGGGGCUGUUUUCUAGGAGAUCAAAUGGGAAAGGACUAUCUAGAUCUGAUAUUCUAAAAUCCUAAGAGAAGACUAUAAGACAGUGCAUACAGUGUGCUAACUGCUUUACAUUGCGACCUUUCCCAUUAACCCCUGGCAUUUACCAAAUACUUACUUUAUGCCUGAUACUAUUGAGUAUUUUAUAUGCACCACUGGAGUGACUCCUCUCAAAAUCCUCUGAAAAGGACACUAUUAAUGACAUCAUUCCCUAUGCAAGGAGCCCAGAGAGAUUAAACAGUCUGGACAGGGCUGCCUGCUUUGUUCAGAAGGAAGUGAGCAAGGACAACAAACCCGUAUUUAUUACAGCUUUUAAUGUGCCCUGGUUCCCUGGAUGGGACUACAAGGUGGACUUUUGCCACUUGCAUAUGCCCAGUGGUAUCUUUACUGGUCAAGGAUUAACUUCACGCUCACUCUUCCUGGGGAGAUGCAAGAGAUAUGUGUAGGGGAAGUCCAGGUUUGGGGACCCAAGGUUCAAACUCUAGUUUAACUAUGUAAGUCUUUAGCUCCACCAGCUGACCUCCUUAAGCAUUAAUUUACCUAGCUAAAAUAUGAGUAGUAAAGGAAGGGUGCUUGUCACCCUCAUCGGGCACUGCUAUGUGCGGUGUGCAAUGAAUACUUGAUAAAUAUGCGUCAGUGCAAUCCCCCGACAUAUCACCCACUGGCCCUGCAGUGAAGGCAGCACCGCACCCAGGCAUUAUCAGCUGAUGUAUCAGCAGCAGCACCGCAUCCAGGCAUCAUCAGCUGAUGUAUCAGCAUCACAGCAUCCAGGCAUAAUCAGCUGAUGUAUCAGCAGCAGCACCGCAUCCAGGCAUCAUCAGCUGAUGUAUCAGCAUCACAGCAUCCAGGCAUUAUCAGCUGAUGUAUCAGCAGCAGCACAGCACCAGGCAUUAUCAGCUGAUGUAUCAGCAGCACAGCAUCCAGGCAUCAUCAGCUGAUGUAUCAGCAGCACAGCAUCCAGACAUCAUUAGUCGAUGUAUCAGCAGUGGUCCUAGUCCUAUUCCUAAAGAAACUUCCCACCUAAACAUGCUGCAUGGGCUUCCAGUCCCAGAAGCUCCUGUGCAGAGCUCAAAUUCAGCACGGUCAAAGUGUUCACUGGUGUUCAUGUGUUUUAUACGGUUCCCUCCACCCACAAUGCCUCAUUUCUGGAACCUCAAAUCUUCCUGGAACCUCAAAUCAAAGUCUCUCUAUGAUUCAGUCCUUACCUGUCCUAGGAGAUACUUUCUUUUUAAUUUUCCUCCAACUGAUUGGGAUCUGCCUUUCCUUAGGGCACAAAAUGUUUUUCUCUUUGUCUGUGUCUGUCUCUCUCUGUCCCACUCAAGAAGUGUGUACAUGUUUUCAUUUUUGAACUGUGUAGACUAGAGCUUAUGUUUUAGCUCCCUCCUUGGACUCCUGGAAGGCAGAGAAAGGGUAGAAUUUUCCCACUCCCACAGGACCUUGCAUGAGACAGGUGUUUUGUAUGUGAUUGACUCUGAACGUCUUUACACAUUGAGAAUAAAAUUAUACUCAUUAGUCUAACAUUUUACAACUUUAGUGUGAUUGGCUAAAAUGUAAAUAAUGAUAAUUUUAAAAUUUUAAUUAAAAUACAAUAAUUAUAUUACUUCUGUUCUUCCUUUUCUUUCCUCCAACCCCUUCAGGAUUUUCUACCUCCAACCCCUCCCAUGGCCCCCAUUCUCUCUCUCUCUCAAAUCAAUGGCUUCUUUUUCUUUGAAUAUUAUUGUUACUUACGUAUAAGCAUAAAUAUAUAAGUAUGACUUCCUGAGUCUCUUAAGCAUUGCUUGUGUUUAUAUGAUUUCAAAGUUGACCACUUUGUACUGGAUAAUCAGUCAGGGGACUCACCAAUGGGAGAGGCUAACUCUCCUCUCAGAAGUCAUUAUUGUCUGCAGAUUGAAGACUGGUGACCAUGAGACUUCGCCCUUCCGUGUUGACCUUGUUCAGGUCUUGUUAAGACAACCACAUUGUUGAAUUAUCACAGAUGUGGCUUCCCAGUCAUUUCCAGGAGACACAAUCUCACAGCAGACUUCCUGGUCCUCUGGUUCUUGCCAUCCUACCGCCUCUUCCACAAUGUUCCUUGAGCUUAGGUGUGAGAGUUCUAUUGUAUAUACCCAUGAUCGGUAUAUCUCUGCAUAUAAAAAAAAGGCAAUUUGAAAAUGUCUUUAAGGUUUAAAUUUUCAUAUGGGUGUGGGUAUGUUUGUGUAUAUAUGACCUCCACAUCUGUGCCAUGGCAUGUGCGUGUGUGUGUGUGUGUGUACAAAAGGAAUGAGGCUGAUGCCCAAACAUCUAUAUGACACAGCCCAAAGCAAACUUCACAUGAAAGUCACUGUCCUACUUUUAUUAUUAUAUUAUUAUUAUUUUAUUUUGUGUCCCACAUCUUUUCUUACCGUUAAUGUUAACAAAGUUCUUUCCUUGGAAAUUCUAGAGCAUUCCCUAAGUUCUGUUUCUAGAAUUCCGUUUCUGACUGGCUGUUGACUUAGUUGUUGUUGUUUUGCUCUGGUUUUGUGGGGUAACGGUUUUGCCUAUUGCUUUCCUUGGGGUGUCACUUGAACAGGGAUUGGUAGAGAAAGUGACUGUCUCCAGCUUUUCAGACGCACCACCUGCUUUCCGAGGCUGUCCUGGAAAUACCCUUCCGUGGUGGGGUGUGCGUAAAGCUACAUGUGGUCAGUUAACAGCUGAAGCAAUGGUGCGUUCAGGUUUUCCUGUUUUGAUCACCCUUGGCUUUGCUCCUAAACCACCGUCCUUCCUGUGGCCUCUAUUAGAAUCUGAAUCUCAUGGGCUCUUCCCUUCCUUGUUCAAUCCCUUGCUCAGGGCUUUAUUUACUCAAUAAUUUAAUUGUUUCAAUCUAUUAUUUUUCUUUUGAGUUACAAUGUCUUCACCUAUAUGUGGACAUCCUA